UUCACAGAGGGAGCACCCAGCUGGAUCAGUGAUGGGAAGCGGUGACUCCUGGGGGGUAUCUCCAGCCUGAGGUUGUGCAGCGAAGCUCCAGCACUGCAUGUGGAUGCUGGUGACCCCCAAGGUUAGCAGCAGCACCCCUGGCUGAUGUGCUGCUCCACUCUUUCCUGCUCUAUCCCCUCUGUUUUCCGUGCCAAGGUCUGCUGGCCAUGGAACGAAACCACUUCCGCGAGGAGGAGGAAACCGAGGGGGACAAGCAGAGGCCAGAAACGCCAACAGGCUUGGCGUUCUUCAGCUGCGUGAGCGCCGACACCAACAUCACUGCCGGCCACGGCACGGAGGGGCUGAGCUGCGGCACAGCCAAGGCAUGCACAGGGAACGGGACGCAGCUGCGGCGGCACAGCCACUUUUCCCGGUGCCCGGAGGAGUUCCAGCACUACUGUGUCAGAGGGAGGUGCCGCUUCCUCGUGGCCGAGCAGGCACCGGCUUGUGUGUGCGAGAGAGGCUACACCGGGGCUCGCUGCGAGAGGGUGGAUCUGUUCUACCUGCGAGGGGACCAGGGCCAGAUCGUCAUCAUCUCCCUGAUCGCCGCCAUCGUCACCCUCAUCAUCCUCAUCGUCGGCAUCUGCCUCUGCAGUCACCACUGUCGGAGGCAGCGUAGGAAGAGGAAAGCAGAAGAAAUGGAAACCCUGAACAAGGAUUCACCAUCCAGAAGUGAAGAUGUGCGGGAAACGGGCAUCGCGUGAAGGUGCAAGGGAGCCGGGGGUGGGGGCGACCGAGCCGGUGCUACCGGAGCCCCGCACCGGGGCGGGUGCCGAGGCCGACGGGCCCCGCUGUGUCCGCAGGAGCUCCCGGUACCUGCGGGCGGGUCCCGGGCGGCAGCAGCGGCUAAAACCGGGCAGCGGCUUGAAUAAAGGGGUGCCGGAAAGGUGUC